GGAGUUGACCGCAGCCUCAACCAUAAACAUGUACCAUAGAUAAUUUAAAAUUUGAUUAUAAUUCUGUGAUAGCCAUUAACAUUUAUGACUUCGCAAUUUAUUAUUCAGUCAUUGUUUUGUAUACACUUUACAUAGAAAGGACUUUUUGGAAAAAUAUUUAUUAUAUUAUUGUAUUAUACAUUUGUCAUAAUUAUAAUUAUAAUUUAUAUUAUAUAAAUAAAAAUGGUAAGGAAAUUUUCUGUUAGUACAAUUACGUAUUAGACUAUUUUAAUUUAAAAUAAAACAUUACUUUUCAGUUUUCCCUGAGUUUAUUCAGUGACAUACUCCGGCCAUUUAACACGACUUAUAGAUGUUGGUCAGUAUCAAUGCUUCCAGGCACCGAAAGAGAAGAUGUAGAACGAGGUGGAAAAAGUAAAAACCUCUUAAUUUUGUUAUUUUACACUAUUUUUGAUCAACCACCAUGUUGUUUCCUUAGUUAUAAUGCCUCCAUCAGCUUUGGAUGCAUUGACCCGAUUAAAUAUCAACUACCCUAUGUUGUUCAAACUUUCCAAUAGAAGAACUAAUAGAUAUACACAUUGUGGAGUUUUGGAGUUCAUUGCGGAUGAAGAUAAAAUCUAUAUUCCUUAUUGGGUGUUUAUAAUUUUUGAUGCUAUAAUAUUACCAAUAAAACAUUACGUAUUACUUAAUUUUUGUUUUGCUUAGAUGAUGAAAAACUUAUUACUUGAUGAAGGAGAUAUGGUUCAAGUUGAAAGUGUUUCGUUGGAAGUGGCCACCUUUUCAAAAUUCCAACCUCAAAAUUCUGAAUUCUUAGACAUUACCAACCCAAAAGCAGUUUUAGAAAAUUGCUUACGAAAUUUUGCUUGUCUGACUACUGGUGAUGUUAUAGCUAUUAAGUAUAACCAAAAAAUUUAUGAAAUGUGUGUGCUAGAGACAAAACCAGGCAAUGCUGUCAGUAUCAUUGAAUGUGACAUGAAUGUGGACUUUGCUGCUCCAGUUGGUUAUCAAGAGCCUACUCAGGAAAAAAAACCCACCACGGAAGAGAUGAUGGUUGAUCCUGCUGACUUAAUGCCAGAACCAUCUGGUUUUAUAGCAUUCAAAGGUGCAGGCAAUAGAUUAGAUGGUAAAAAGAAAAAAGAAAAUACUAAUGAUCAGCCAAAUCAAGUUAAAGCAGCAUAUCAAAGAGGGAUUCCUGAUUAUGAUUAUACUCUCGGAUCUAUACAGUUUUUGAGGAACAUCCGUCCUGUAAUAAAUGAUAAUGAGGUAGUUAUUAUAAUUUUUAGUUUAAACAAUAUAAUUUUUUGCUAUUCAUAAAACAUAAAUGUUAAAUUUAAAUCCAAUUACCUAAAGUUUUUUAAAGUUGACUAAAGUGAUUGGUAAAGCUAAAUUGAUACAGUUCAAAUUUAAAUUUAAAUUUGUUUUUUUUUGUGUGAAAUUUUGCAGACCAUUAGGUUGUUUUACUUUUUCAAUUUGAAUUUGAAUUUCUUAUAUGUUAUGAUUUUUGUAUAUAUUUUUUUUUUUUUUUGUUGUACAAAGAAAUUACAAGCUUAAAUAUGGUUAAAAACAAACAAGAAUUCUUUUGGAGAUUAAUAUUAAAAAAAGACAAUCAUACUUCGUACAAUGAGUGCAGCUACUGUUGGUGUGAAGUUGGGAAUGUAGAAUAUAGAGGGGAAAUUAAUUUGUAUCUGUAAGCAAUGAUAAAUCAUUGCUAACAAAAAAACGAUUCUGAGCGGAGUUCAGUUGAUAAUGAUGCUUUGUUACCAAUAUAUAUGUCAUACUAUGGUAAAAUAAUAAAAUAGGCAUUAUAUAUUCUUUUAAUAAUAUUUGUUUAAUAUUAUCCCGAUUUUCCCGUUUUCUAAGUUAUCUCAUGUUUUUUCUUGAUUUUUCACAUUUGCUGGGAAAAUCAAAAAAUUAUCUUCUUAAAUUACCUUUCCAGUCAGCUUUACUUUUAGAAAAAAUGUUUGUAAAUCAGAGCAAAAUUGCUGGGAAUAAAGUUGUUCACAGGGAAAAAAAAGGCCACUAUAUUUUUAACUAAUACUUACAAUUCAUACAUUUAUUAAAAAAACUUGAGCAAAUCGAAAAAAUAACCUCCCUAGUCAGAUUUUCUUCAGAAAAAGGUACAAACAAGGCUACACUUAAAUCGAGCAUGAUUUCUGAAAGAAUAGUUUGCACAAAAAAUCGAGGGGUAUUUUUCAAUUAAAAUAGUCUGAGCAAUUGAUAACUGGGUCUCUUAGGUACACUCAGUAGUGUUAGGUUUUAGCUGUAUCUAACCUAAUCCGAGUUUGAGCUCACGAUCCCUAGGAAUACAAUAAAUGGCUAUAACCAUUAGACUAUGACAAACAUACUUUAAUGGAGGUUAUAUAUAUAGUUAUUUAACAUACCAUAUAAUAUCCACGUAAUAUCAGAACUUCAAAAAGCUAUAAUUUUGAAACUAUGUCAGUUUGCUCAAUUACUUAAUUCAACAUUGUUCUUAAAUCAGCAACAUACGUACGCUCAAAACAAAAAAAUUGAAAAAUUAAAUUUGUUCCAAGUAAUUUUUUACUCUGACAAUUUUCAUCGAAAUUUAAUAUUAAAAUUUUUUAAAAAAAAAUAUUACAUUAAAUAAAUUUUUUUUUCUACCACAAAGAAAGACUUUUAAUAAACAUCCUGUUCAAUUUUCACGAAUUUCUGUUAAGUCUAACGAUAUUACUACCCAGUACUUAUCAAAUAAAAAUUACAUAUAAAACUCGCGAAAUUAAAAUGUCUAUAAAAAGUUCAAAAAUGGCUUAAAUUAACUUAAGUAUUAAUAAAAUAAAAUAUUAUUUAAAUUUAAAUUUUAAGAUAUAUUCUAAAUUGUUGUUUAAGUAUAACUAUAUUAUAAUUUCUGUGUUAAAAGAUUAAAAUAAUAAUGCACAGCUACUCUGCAUUCAUCCAGAAUUCAUGCACUUUAUCCCAAAAAAUUAGUGUCAUCUACUAUUACUUUUUAUGUAAUAUUACUUAGUUAUGAAAAUAAUAAUUGACAUUCCCAACAGAAAUGUAAUAAUACAAAAUAGUAAAUAUAUUUAUUGAUCAGAUAUUUUGUUUUUCAGGAUGAAGUUCAAGAUGGAUUUAAACCAUUUGCAGGAUCUGGAUCAGUACUGAAAACCAAAAGUAAACUCAAAUAACAACGUUUUAUCCUUCAAAUCAUGUACAUAUGCACUUUUUAAUAUAAGACUAUUGCAUUUUUUUUUAAAAUAAAUACAUUUAUGAAUUAUUAUAUUAGUUUUUAAUUUGGUACUUAUUUUAAUAUAAGUUACAAGUAGUGUUUUA